AGCGAUGGGUAAGUGAGUGUGUACAUGCCCGUAAAGGCUGCAAGUAGGAGGCAAGGAAAGGCGCGGGUAAUGUUGAACAUCGAUGGAGCUCGUGUAAUUUGGUCAACAAGCAUUAAGGGUUUCAGUAAGUGUUGAAAUGUUUGACGUUUACCAACUGCAAGGAGUUGAUAUGUGUUGAUGUGCCAUGGUUUCACCUCUGUGCGCGGGUGUUCUGUCCUCCUCACGGUAUCCGGAUGGGAAAUCUCUGCAGAAAAGUGGCACACUGGCCUCGAAAUUAAUUCCAGAAUUCUCCAACAUCGGCAAAGUAUUAUAAAGAUAUGGAUAAACACUGCAGAGUGAAGGAUGAAGCCACGUCAAAGGCAGCAACGCGCAAGGAAAACAAACAGAAACAUGGACGGCUUUUUCGAAAGAAAUCAUUGAAGUCGGUGGGGAGUUUUGUAAAUAAAAUUAUCAAAACUUUGGGCACUUUUACCCACUUUGGAGACGUUGCAGUUCAGGGCGCAGAGGAUGACGAUGGGGGGUUUCGUGACGGGACACCUUGCACACUCAGUGCCAACUCAGAAAAUAUCAAGGAGGAUGUCCAGGUCGCCGGGGAGGAUUCUGUUAAAAAUAAUUCGAUAGCUUCUUCCCGUUGCUCGGUGAAAGAAAGGGUUUUAUGGUGCUAUGGUGGCAACAUUCCAGGUGUUCUAGGCUUGAAAAAUCACGGGAACACCUGUUUCAUGAACGCCGUGGUCCAGUGCUUGAGCAACACUGACCUGCUCGCAGAGUAUCUCGGGUUGGAAUGGUACAAAUUGGAUUUGAGUCGAAGGAGAAUUAAUGGGAUUGUUAAAAGUGAAGACACGCAGCAUGCCAGAGGUGAAGUCACGGAGCAGUUGGCAUCACUUGUUAGGGCACUUUGGACUCUGGAAUACAUCCCGCAACUGUCCGUGGAAUUCAAGAGUAUAGUAUCCAAGUAUGGAUCCCAAUUCCGAGGAAACUCCCAACAUGACGCCCUGGAGUUCCUGCUUUGGCUUCUGGACCGAGUUCACGAAGAUGUCAACUUGUCCUCCUGCAGCAACAACAAUAACAAGACCAAAGCCCCAGGGAAGGGCCCUGGUAUAUCAGAGGCGGCGAUGGUCACUGAGCCUCCCCACUCGCAGCAGCCCGGGGCACGCCACAGCUUUGUACAGGAACACUUCCAGGCACAAUACAAGUCAUCGCUGACCUGCCCUCAUUGUCAUAAACAGAGCAACACCUUUGACCCUUUCCUCUGCAUUUCACUUCCCAUCCCUCUUCGCCACACCAGGCCUCUGUGUGUAACUCUGGUCUUUAGUACGAAGGGCCAGAGAUACCUGCGCAUCGGGCUGGCUGUGCCUCUCUUUGGCUCGCUGGCCUUUCUGAGAAGGAUGUUGGCAGAUGAGGGGAAGAUCUCCCCAGACCAGGUGAUCCUGACAGAGAUCUACACCACAGGCUUUCAGCGCUCCUUCUUUGAUGAGGAGGAUCUGACGUGCAUAGCCGAGACUGACAUCAUCUAUGCCUUCCAGGCCCCGCCCCUAUACAUCAGAGGAGGCUCUUCACAAUUCUCAGGGUACCACCACAGCCUGCCGUCCUCACCAUACUCCUCCGGGCCCGAAGGUCAAAGGUUACCUCCAUCCGGAACUUUGUCAACAGAGUUCCUGAACCAUGGUGUGCCAGUGAAGAUCCUGUUGCUGGUGUGCAAUGCCGCCUGGAAUGCCCAGCAGGCUGUCAGGUUUGGACCUCCGUUCCUGAUGAGGGAGGACCGCUCCAUCUCCUGGGACCAGCUGCAGCAGAGCAUCCUCAGCAAGCUCUACUACCUGAUGAUCAACGGAGCACAGGCCCAGAAUGCAAGAGUGCUGUUUAAGAUCCGUGUGGUGGCAGGAUCAGCGUCCUACAGCUACCUCUCCCCCCAGGAUGGACGGCCGCUCUACCACCCAGCAGUGAACAGAGCUCUUAAUCUCUGUGGCUCAGGAGGACCGCCCCAUGUGAAGCUCAUCAUCGAGUGGGAACACAGAAUCAAAGACUGCCUGUUUGGGAACAUACAGGAGGAGGUGGUGAAGGAUGCUGAGAGUGUGAGAGGCCAGCAUCAGCAGCACGUCCAGCAGCACAAUUGUACCCUGGACGAGUGCUUUCAGCUCUACACUAAAGAGGAACAGGUACAUUAUCUCCUCCUACGGUCAGCCCUAAACAACCAACAGCUGCAACAAGGCAUGGUGAAGAUGAGCCUGUGGACGCUGCCUGACAUCCUCAUCCUCCACCUGAAGCGCUUCCGGCAGGUGGGCGAGCGCCGCAACAAGCUGGCCACACUGGUGCGCUUCCCCCUAGACGGCCUAGACAUGGCGCCCCAUGUGGUGAAGAGGAGUCAGAGCACCCGGCUGCCCCCCCACGGUCCUCUGCUCCCUGGCCCCCUGCACCCGGCCUGGAAACAGCCCUGCCCACCCGACAUGGCCCCUCCAGACUUCCUAUAUGACCUUUAUGCCGUGUGUAACCACCACGGAGGCAUGCACGGGGGACAUUACACAGCGUUCUGCAGGAACUCAUUGGAUGCCCAGUGGUAUGGGUAUGAUGACAGCAGUGCAGAGCCAGUCACAGAGGGGGAGGUGUGCACACGGGGAGCCUACAUCCUCUUCUACCAGAGACGCAACACCAUCCCUCCAUGGUCAGCCAGCUCCUCUCUCAGAGGCUCCACCAGCUCCUCCACGUCAGACCACUGGCUGAUCCGUCUGACGCGGGACAGUAAGAGGGGCAGCCUGUUCUCUGAGGGGUCCACCUCUGGCCCUCCUGGCCCCACACCAACCCCUGAAUCCCCAGAGCUCCCUGUGUUUGAGGACGAGCCUCUUAAAACAGAGACAGAUGGGUUUGAGAAUAAGCUAUUUGUCCGAGGCACUCAGGGCAGGAGCGUGAGCAUGAGGUCACCCACUAAGGACACCCUGAGCAAAGUGUUGCCCCUGCGCUGGUCCUUUGGUUCCAAGGACCGCCCCAAACCCUCCGCCCCCAGGCGAGGGGAGCUGGUGGAGUACCUGGAGUCAGGGCGCAGGCCGCGGUGCACCAAGGACCCCAUCAUCACCCUAGUGGCCACCCCGCCCCAGGGCGGGCACAGGGACCUGGGCAGCUCCCCCAGUGGGAGCAGCCUGAGCUGCAUGGACAGGUCCAACUCUGAGGCCUGCGACUCCCCAAGAGUACCAGAGGGCCAGAGCAGGCCUGCCGUAGAGAGGAGCUCCAGCCUGGGGCUCAGUAUUAUCACUAAAGUCAGGGAUGACAGCUCACUUGGCCGGAGGUCCUCCAAGAGGUUCAGGCAGGACCAGGGCAGGACCCUGGACCCUCACCCCCAUAGAGGCUCUACUGAUGGGGUCCACAUCAGCCACAGUGCCCCCCCAAGUAGGGACUCCACACUGAAGAGACCCAAGGCCCAAGCAGGGCUGACCUCCAGGGUAGGGGUACUCCAGGCUGGUCUACAGCCUGAGGAGAGGAAGGGGAUGAGGGGUCAGGAGGUAAGGAGCCACGACAGCCUCUUGUCCUUUUUCAAAUCAGGCUUCCUGAAGAAAGAUGCUCAGAGUACACCUAGUAAGGGGGAGGAAGUCCGGGUCAAUGGCCACGGUCGAACCAGCAAGGUGGCAAACUGUAGUUUGUCUAAACUCUCCCUCUCCAAUGGGACCCUGAACGGUGUAGCGCUGGAGGAAAAGAGGGCCAACGGCGCCCCUAGAAGUGACUGCCGUCACAGCAAAGGGCAGCUUGUCAACGGGAGGGCAGGGAGUCACAGCUCUGCUGCUGACAUCAAGCGUGCCCACAGCUCCAGUAACAUCCAGACCAAACUGGACUUGACCCUGCGCAGGUGUUCCUCUCUGCAGAAGAACGGGCAGGUAGCUCCCCCGGCCCCCCGCAGCAGCCUGGCCACAGACAAGCCCAGCUAUGCCACCCUGCAGCGGGCACGCUACAGCACCACCUCCCUGGGCAGGCAGCAGAGACCCGUCCCCGAGUCCUGCUUCUGACUCCCUCCGCACCGCAAGGCUAACUGGCUGCUGCCACAGCAGUAGAGUUAUCUGGUGUGUGUGUCUCUUUAUUUAGAGUUUGUGCCAAUGCUACUGUCAGGGUUAGGGUGAGCUGAGCAGUCUGGCCACCACUGCUAGAGCAGAGGAAUAGUCACGGUGUUACUAUAAAACAGGUUCUUAGGGGAGGCUUUGCCAACAGUAAUGCAGUGCGUAACAGUUAACUGUCUGUCAUAGUCUUCUGUUUAAUGUAAGUGCCUCUGUGACAGUUCAGAAUGAUUGUUUGUUGAACACUGCUACCACGCUAUUGAUUGACACACAUCACAUCCAGACGGUCACCAGGUCUCUGUAGUAUAACCAUCAGAGCUGUUGUUUCUGAAGGGCAUCAUGUACCCUCUGUUAACACUGAUGUUAUUGACGUAUUGUCUUUGUGUGUAAAUGAAUCUAUGCAGACUGAGUACAAUGGAGAGGUAACCCUGCUGCAUUGUGAUCAUAUUUAUUCCAUGAACAUGUCAAGCAUCUUUCUUGGUUGUAUGCUGUCCUUGAUUUUCUAUUGAUGUAGCCAUGGAGGAAUAUCCUGCACAGAAAGGAUUCAAUGAAAUGAUUGUCUGUCUGUGCUUCCACCGCAAACUGUUUGCUAGGACCUCAUACACUUAUGUUAUUACUAAUAUUCAUCAUGUAUCAUCUUCUGUCAGUGGCAACUGGCAACUGAAAGAAACAAGUACUGUAAUAACCUGGCUGUUACACACCUGUUACUGACUCCCGUACUGUAACAACGGUGUUUGAUUGGAGGAGAAGUAAGGGUAGAGGAAUGAAAUGCCGAUUUAUGUUCGUACCUAACAUGAUUGAAAUACUGGGUUGAAAAGAGGGUAGUUGGCACACCAUGUACUCCAGCACAGUGAUGGUCUUGUAUACUCAACAAUAGAUUUAAUGGAUCUUGAACCAAAGUUUGUGUCAAUCAGAACAUUCAUCAGGACCCUGAUAAAGGUCUAGAUAAUCUAGUUGAAGAUGCAUUGUGGAGCAUACAAGAAUACCAGACAGUAUCUUGGACUUUCUAUUUGAAUCUAAAUGGAAAAAAAUCAUCAGAAAGAGUACAUUGACUUAUGUGAACUUAGAUGGGUGCUAUUAUGUGAUGGUGAACUGUUGUGGAACCUCCUCACACCAGUGGUUCAGGUCAACCCUUAUAGAGCAGCAGGGACAGACUGACAGCCCAUUUCAAGGCUUUUAAUGUCACUCCCUGUAACUCCCCACUGCUGAGCUCCAGAGAAAGUUACUGCCUGUGUUUUACAAUAACUCACCAGGGGGGAUUAAACCUGCUCCCCUGUUGCCAUGGCAAACUCCCUUAAAGAUACCAACUGUGAAGGUGCUGCUGUCUGAUGUACUCUGCAGAGGGGCAGGGAUGUCUUGAUUUUCAUUCAUUUUCAACCCAAAACAUCUCUUGCCUAAGAUUCCCAAUAUACAAUACAUGACGAUCUAUUACAUUAAAUGAAGAUAAUUGAGUAACUUUUCCUAUAGAGUGCUGUAAUGCAUUUUAACUGUCAGCCAUAGGGUACAUGCCAAUUCAGAUAUAUGCACAUUCUGUGUAUGUUCUAGUCAGUGCAGAUUUCCCAGCAACAAUGGAUGGAAACGUAUGAUGUGUGUUUUAUGUUAGGAGGGUGUAGAGCACGUGUGUUUGAGCUUUCAUCAACUGUAUAUGAACAUAUGUAGUAGUAAUACAGAUAAUACCAACACAAUGGCAUACAGUGCUUCUGUAAAGGGAAAAACACUAUUAGAGUAAAUGUUUUUAUCUAUUAGAUUUCUGAGUUACUUAAUUACUUAGGCCCAUCGCCCCAUGACAAGCAUAGGCCAUCAACUGGCCAUCAACUGAGUUGACUUCAUUCAUCUGAAAUUAUCUCGAAUUUAAACCCAAUGAAAUGAUACAAUAAUUUACUAUUCUCCUAAACUAUAACGUUAAUGUGUAGGACAUAUACUGUAUGAUUGAGUUAGCAGACAUACAGUAGUAGCUAUGCAAUAUACUGGACCAUAUGGGAUGCCCCAUAUGCAUCAUCAUAACUUCUUCUAAUGGGGAUUGGUUGAUGACACUACACCAUCAACCAUCAUGACUAAUUGGUUGAUGACACCACACCAUCAACCAUCAUGACUAAUUGGUUGAUGACAUUACACCAUCAACCAUCAUGACAAAUUGGUUGAUGACAGUACACCAUCAACCAUCAUGACAAAUUGGUUGAUGACACUACACCAUCAACCAUCAUGACAAAUUGGUUGAUGACACGACACCAUCAACCAUCUUGACAAAUUGGUUGAUGACACCACACCAUCAACCAUCAUGACAAAUUGGUUGAUGACACCACACCAUCAACCAUCUUGACAAAUUGGUUGAUGACACCACACCAUCAACCAUCAUGACAAAUUGGUUGAUGACACGACACCAUCAACCAUCUUGACAAAUUGGUUGAUGACACCACACCAUCAACCAUCAUGACAAAUUGGUUGAUGACACCACACCAUCAACCAUCAUGACAAAUUGGUUGAUGACACGACACCAUCAACCAUCUUGACAAAUUGGUUGAUGACACUACACCAUCAACCAUCAUGACAAAUUGGUUGAUGACACCACACCAUCAACCAUCAUGACUAAUUGGUUGAUGACACGACACCAUCAACCAUCAUGACAAAUUGGUUGAUGACACUACACCAUCAACCAUCAUGACUAAUUGGUUGAUGACACGACACCAUCAACCAUCAUGACAAAUUGGUUGAUGACACUACACCAUCAACCAUCAUGACAAAUUGGUUGAUGACACGACACCAUCAACCAUCAUGACAAAUUGGUUGAUGACACUACACCAUCAACCAUCAUGACUAAUUGGUUGAUGACAUUACACCAUCAACCAUCAUGACUAAUUGGUUGAUGACACUACACCAUCAACCAUCAUGACAAAUUGGUUGAUGACACAACACCAUCAACCAUCAUGACAAAUUGGUUGAUGACACGACACCAUCAACCAUCAUGACAAAUUGGUUGAUGACACGACACCAUCAACCAUCAUGACAAAUUGGUUGAUGACAUUACACCAUCAACCAUCAUGACAAAUUGGUUGAUGACACUACACCAUCAACCAUCAUGACAAAUUGGUUGAUGACACGACACCAUCAACCAUCAUGACAAAUUGGUUGAUGACACUACACCAUCAACCAUCAUGACAAAUUGGUUGAUGACACGACACCAUCAACCAUCAUGACAAAUUGGUUGAUGACACUACACCAUCAACCAUCAUGACAAAUUGGUUGAUGACACGACACCAUCAACCAUCAUGACUAAUUGGUUGAUGACACGACACCAUCAACCAUCAUGACAAAUUGGUUGAUGACACGACACCAUCAACCAUCAUGACAAAUUGGUUGAUGACACGACACCAUCAACCAUCAUGACUAAUUGGUUGAUGACACUACACCAUCAACCAUCAUGACUAAUUGGUUGAUGACACUACACCAUCAACCAUCAUGACAAAUUGGUUGAUGACACUACACCAUCAACCAUCAUGACUAAUUGGUUGAUGACACUACACCAUCAACCAUCAUGACAAAUUGGUUGAUGACACUACACCAUCAACCAUCAUGACAAAUUGGUUGAUGACACUACACCAUCAACCAUCAUGACUAAUUGGUUGAUGACACUACACCAUCAACCAUCAUGACUAAUUGGUUGAUGACACUACACCAUCAACCAUCUUGACAAAUUGGUUGAUGACAGUACACCAUCAACCAUCAUGACAAAUUGGUUGAUGACACGACACCAUCAACCAUCUUGACAAAUUGGUUGAUGACACUACACCAUCAACCAUCUUGACAAAUUGGUUGAUGACAUUACACCAUCAACCAUCAUGACAAAUUGGUUGAUGACACUACACCAUCAACCAUCAUGACAAAUUGGUUGAUGACACGACACCAUCAACCAUCAUGACAAAUUGGUUGAUGACACGACACCAUCAACCAUCAUGACUAAUUGGUUGAUGACACGACACCAUCAACCAUCAUGACAAAUUGGUUGAUGACACGACACCAUCAACCAUCUUGACAAAUUGGUUGAUGACACUACACCAUCAACCAUCAUGACAAAUUGGUUGAUGACACCACACCAUCAACCAUCAUGACUAAUUGGUUGAUGACACGACACCAUCAACCAUCAUGACAAAUUGGUUGAUGACACUACACCAUCAACCAUCAUGACAAAUUGGUUGAUGACACGACACCAUCAACCAUCAUGACAAAUUGGUUGAUGACACGACACCAUCAACCAUCAUGACAAAUUGGUUGAUGACACAACACCAUCAACCAUCAUGACAAAUUGGUUGAUGACACGACACCAUCAACCAUCAUGACAAAUUGGUUGAUGACACGACACCAUCAACCAUCAUGACAAAUUGGUUGAUGACAUUACACCAUCAACCAUCAUGACAAAUUGGUUGAUGACACUACACCAUCAACCAUCAUGACAAAUUGGUUGAUGACACGACACCAUCAACCAUCAUGACAAAUUGGUUGAUGACACUACACCAUCAACCAUCAUGACAAAUUGGUUGAUGACACGACACCAUCAACCAUCAUGACAAAUUGAUUGAUGACACUACACCAUCAACCAUCAUGACAAAUUGGUUGAUGACACGACACCAUCAACCAUCAUGACUAAUUGGUUGAUGACACGACACCAUCAACCAUCAUGACAAAUUGGUUGAUGACACGACACCAUCAACCAUCAUGACAAAUUGGUUGAUGACACGACACCAUCAACCAUCAUGACAAAUUGGUUGAUGACACGACACCAUCAACCAUCAUGACUAAUUGGUUGAUGACACUACACCAUCAACCAUCAUGACUAAUUGGUUGAUGACACUACACCAUCAACCAUCAUGACAAAUUGGUUGAUGACACUACACCAUCAAGACUAAUUGGUUGAUGACACUACACCAUCAACCAUCAUGACAAAUUGGUUGAUGACACUACACCAUCAACCAUCAUGACUAAUUGGUUGAUGACACUACACCAUCAACCAUCAUGACUAAUUGGUUGAUGACACUACACCAUCAACCAUCUUGACAAAUUGGUUGAUGACAGUACACCAUCAACCAUCAUGACAAAUUGGUUGAUGACACGACACCAUCAACCAUCUUGACAAAUUGGUUGAUGACACUACACCAUCAACCAUCUUGACAAAUUGGUUGAUGACAUUACACCAUCAACCAUCAUGACAAAUUGGUUGAUGACACUACACCAUCAACCAUCAUGACAAAUUGGUUGAUGACACGACACCAUCAACCAUCAUGACAAAUUGGUUGAUGACACGACACCAUCAACCAUCAUGACUAAUUGGUUGAUGACACGACACCAUCAACCAUCAUGACAAAUUGGUUGAUGACACGACACCAUCAACCAUCAUGACAAAUUGGUUGAUGACACGACACCAUCAACCAUCAUGACAAAUUGGUUGAUGACAUUACACCAUCAACCAUCAUGACAAAUUGGUUGAUGACACGACACCAUCAACCAUCUUGACAAAUUGGUUGAUGACACUACACCAUCAACCAUCAUGACAAAUUGGUUGAUGACACGACACCAUCAACCAUCAUGACAAAUUGGUUGAUGACACGACACCAUCAACCAUCAUGACAAAUUGGUUGAUGACAUUACACCAUCAACCAUCAUGACAAAUUGGUUGAUGACACGACACCAUCAACCAUCUUGACAAAUUGGUUGAUGACACUACACCAUCAACCAUCUUGACAAAUUGGUUGAUGACACGACACCAUCAACCAUCGUGACAAAUUGGUUGAUGACACGACACCAUCAUCCAUCAUGACAAAUUGGUUGAUGACACUACACCAUCAACCAUCGUGACAAAUUGGUUGAUGACACGACACCAUCAACCAUCGUGACAAAUUGGUUGAUGACACGACACCAUCAACCAUCGUGACAAAUUGGUUGAUGACACGACACCAUCAACCAUCGUGACAAAUUGGUUGAUGACACGACACCAUCAACCAUCGUGACAAAUUGGUUGAUGACACGACACCAUCAACCAUCUUGACAAAUUGGUUGAUGGCACGACACCAUCAACCAUCGUGACAAAUUGGUUGAUGACACGACACCAUCAUCCAUCAUGACAAAUUGGUUGAUGACACUACACCAUCAACCAUCAUGACAAAUUGGUUGAUGACAUUACACCAUCAACCAUCGUGACAAAUUGGUUGAUGACACUACACCAUCAACCAUCAUGACAAAUUGGUUGAUGACACGACACCAUCAACCAUCGUGACAUAUUGGUUGAUGACACGACACCAUCAACCAUCUUGACAAAUUGGUUGAUGACACGACACCAUCAACCAUCGUGACAAAUUGGUUGAUGACACGACACCAUCAACCAUCGUGACAAAUUGGUUGAUGACACGACACCAUCAACCAUCGUGACAAAUUGGUUGAUGACACGACACCAUCAACCAUUGUGACAAAUUGGUUGAUGACACGACACCAUCAACCAUCUUGACAAAUUGGUUGAUGACACGACACCAUCAACCAUCGUGACAAAUUGGUUGAUGACACGACACCAUCAUCCAUCAUGACAAAUUGGUUGAUGACACUACACCAUCAACCAUCAUGACAAAUUGGUUGAUGACAUUACACCAUCAACCAUCGUGACAAAUUGGUUGAUGACACUACACCAUCAACCAUCAUGACUAAUUGGUUGAUGACACUACACCGUCAACCAUCAUGACAAAUUGGUUGAUGACGACACCAUCAACCAUCAUGACAUAUUGGUUGAUGACACGACACCAUCAACCAUCAUGACAAAUUGGUUGAUGACACGACACCGUCAACCAUCAUGACAAAUUGGUUGAUGACACAUCAUGACAAAUUUGUUGAUGACACGACACCAUCAACCAUCAUGACAAAUUGGUUGAUGCCACUACACCAUCAAUCAUCUUGACAAAUUGGUUGAUGACACGACACCAUCAACCAUCAUGACAAAUUGGUUGAUGACACUACACCAUCAACCAUCAUGACAAAUUGGUUGAUGACACUACACCAUCAACCAUCAUGACAAAUUGGUUGAUGACACGACACCAUCAACCAUCAUGACAAAUUGGUUGAUGACACGACACCAUCAACCAUCAUGACAAAUUGGUUGAUGACACGACACCAUCAACCAUCAUGACAAAUUGGUUGAUGACACUACACCAUCAACCAUCAUGACAAAUUGGUUGAUGACACUACACCAUCAACCAUCAUGACAAAUUGGUUGAUGACAGUACACCAUCAACCAUCAUGACAAAUUGGUUGAUGACACUACACCAUCAACCAUCAUGACAAAUUGGUUGAUGACACGACACCAUCAACCAUCAUGACAAAUUGGUUGAUGACACGACACCAUCAACCAUCAUGACAAAUUGGUUGAUGACACUACACCAUCAACCAUCAUGACAAAUUGGUUGAUGACACUACACCAUCAACCAUCAUGACAAAUUGGUUGAUGACACUACACCAUCAACCAUCAUGACAAAUUGGUUGAUGACACUACACCAUCAACCAUCAUGACAAAUUGGUUGAUGACACGACACCAUCAACCAUCUUGACAAAUUGGUUGAUGACACGACACCAUCAACCAUCUUGACAAAUUGGUUGAUGACACGACACCAUCAACCAUCAUGACUAAUUGGUUGUUGACAGUACACCAUCAACCAUCAUGACAAAUUGGUUGAUGACAGUACACCAUCAACCAUCAUGACUAAUUGGUUGAUGACACUAAACCAUCAACCAUCAUGACAAAUUGGUUGAUGACACUACACCAUCAACCAUCAUGACUAAUUGGUUGAUGACACUAAACCAUCAACCAUCAUGACAAAUUGGUUGAUGACACUACACCAUCAACCAUCAUGACAAAUUGGUUGAUGACACUACACCAUCAACCAUCAUGACUAAUUGGUUGAUGACACUAAACCAUCAACCAUCAUGACAAAUUGGUUGAUGACACUACACCAUCAACCAUCAUGACAAAUUGGUUGAUGACACGACACCAUCAACCAUCUUGACAAAUUGGUUGAUGACACUACACCAUCAACCAUCAUGACACAUUGGUUGAUGACACUACACCAUCAACCAUCAUGACAAAUUGGUUGAUGACACUACACCAUCAACCAUCAUGACAAAUUGGUUGAUGACACGACACCAUCAACCAUCUUGACAAAUUGGUUGAUGACACUACACCAUCAACCAUCAUGACAAAUCGGUUGAUGACACUACACCAUCAACCAUCAUGACUAAUUGGUUGAUGACACUACACCAUCAACCAUCAUGACUAAUUGGUUGAUGACACUACACCAUCAACCAUCAUGACUAAUUGGUUGAUGACACUACACCAUCAACCAUCAUGACUAAUUGGUUGAUGACACUACACCAUCAACCAUCAUGACAAAUUGGUUGAUGACACUACACCAUCAACCAUCAUGACAAAUUGGUUGAUGACACGACACCAUCAACCAUCAUGACAAAUUGGUUGAUGACACGACACCAUCAACCAUCUUGACAAAUUGGUUGAUGACACUACACCAUCAACCAUCAUGACAAAUUGGUUGAUGACACGACACCAUCAACCAUCUUGACAAAUUGGUUGAUGACACUACACCAUCAACCAUCAUGACAAAUUGGUUGAUGACACGACACCAUCAACCAUCAUGACAAAUUGGUUGAUGACACGACACCAUCAACCAUCAUGACAAAUUGGUUGAUGACACUACACCAUCAACCAUCUUGACAAAUUGGUUGAUGACACGACACCAUCAACCAUCUUGACAAAUUGGUUGAUGACACGACACCAUCAACCAUCAUGACUAAUUGGUUGUUGACAUUACACCAUCAACCAUCAUGACAAAUUGGUUGAUGACACUACACCAUCAACCAUCUUGACAAAUUGGUUGAUGACACGACACCAUCAACCAUCAUGACAAAUUGGUUGAUGACACGACACCAUCAACCAUCAUGACAAAUUGGUUGAUGACAGUACACCAUCAACCAUCAUGACUAAUUGGUUGAUGACACUAAACCAUCAACCAUCAUGACUAAUUGGUUGAUGACACUACACCAUCAACCAUCAUGACUAAUUGGUUGAUGACACUACACCAUCAACCAUCAUGACUAAUUGGUUGAUGACACUACACCAUCAACCAAUAUGACAAAUUGGUUGAUGACACUACACCAUCAACCAUCAUGACAAAUUGGUUGAUGACAUUACACCAUCAACCAUCAUGACAAAUUGGUUGAUGACAUUACACCGUCAACCAUCAUGACAAAUUGGUUGAUGACACUACACCGUCAACCAUCAUGACAAAUUGGUUGAUGACACAUCAUGACAAAUUGGUUGAUGACACUACACCGUCAACCAUCAUGACAAAUUGGUUGAUGACACUACACCGUCAACCAUCAUGACAAAUUGGUUGAUGACACAUCAUGACAAAUUGGUUGAUGACACUACACCGUCAACCAUCAUGACAAAUUGGUUGAUGACACUACACCGUCAACCAUCAUGACAAAUUGGUUGAUGACACAUCAUGACAAAUUGGUUGAUGACACUACACCGUCAACCAUCAUGACAAAUUGGUUGAUGACACAUCAUGACAAAUUGGUUGAUGACACUACACCGUCAACCAUCAUGACAAAUUGGUUGAUGACAAAUUGGUUGAUGACGACACCAUCAACCAUCAUGACAAAUUGUAUGUAAAAUUGUUGAUGACACUACACCAUCAACCAUCAUGACAAAUUGGUUGAUGACACGACACCAUCAACCAUCAUGACAAAUUGGUUGAUGACAAUACACCGUCAACCAUCAUGACAAAUUGGUUGAAGACACUACACCGUCAACCAUCAUGACAAAUUGGUUGAUGACACAUCAUGACAAAUUGGUUGAUGACACUACACCGUCAACCAUCAUGACAAAUUGGUUGAUGACACUACACCGUCAACCAUCAUGACAAAUUGGUUGAUGACACAUCAUGACAAAUUGGUUGAUGACACUACACUGUCAACCAUCAUGACAAAUUGGUUGAUGACAAAUUGGUUGAUGACGACACCAUCAACCAUCAUGACAAAUUGUAUGUAAAAUUGUUGAUGACACUACACCAUCAACCAUCAUGACAAAUUGGUUGAUGACACGACACCAUCAACCAUCAUGACAAAUUGGUUGAUGACACUACACCAUCAACCAUCUUGACAAAUUGGUUGAUGACACUACACCAUCAACAUUGUCUGAUGACACUACACCAUCAACAUUGUCUGAUGACACUACACCAUCAACAUUGUCUGAAGACACUACACCAUCAACAUUGUCUGAUGACACUACACCAUCAACAUUGUCUGAUGAUACUACACCAUCAACAUUGUCUGAUGACACUACACCAUCAACAUUGUCUGAUGACACUUCACCAUCAACAUUGUCUGAUGACACUACACCAUCAACAUUGUCUGAUGACACUACACCAUCAACAUAGGCUGAUGACACUACACCAUCAACAUUGUCUGAUGACACUACACCAUCAACAUUGUCUGAUGACACUACACCAUCAACAUUGUCUGAUGACACUACACCAUCAACAUUGUCUGAUGACACUACACCAUCAACAUAGGCUGAUGACACUACACCAUCAACAUUGUCUGAUGACACUACACCAUCAACAUUGUCUGAUGACACUACACCAUCAACAUUGUCUGAUGACACUACACCAUCAACAUAGGCUGAUGACACUACACCAUCAACAUUGUCUGAUGACACUACACCAUCAACAUUGUCUGAUGACACUACACCAUCAACAUUGUCUGAUGACACUACACCAUCAACAUUGUCUGAUGACACUACACCAUCAACAUUGUCUGAUGACACUACACCAUCAACAUUGUCUGAUGACACUACACCAUCAACAUAGGCUGAUGACACUACACCAUCAACAUUGUCUGAUGACACUACACCAUCAACAUAGGCUGAUGACACUACACCAUCAACAUUGUCUGAUGACACUACACCAUCAACAUAGGCUGAUGACACUACACCAUCAACAUUGUCUGAUGACACUACACCAUCAACAUAGGCUGAUGACACUACACCAUCAACAUUGUCUGAUGACACUACACCAUCAACAUUGUCUGAUGACACUUCACCAUCAACAUUGUCUGAUGACACUACACCAUCAACAUUGUCUGAUGACACUACACCAUCAACAUUGUCUGAUGACACUACACCAUCAACAUUGUCUGAUGACACUACACCAUCAACAUUGUCUGAUGACACUACACCAUCAACAUUGUCUGAUGACACUUCACCAUCAACAUUAUCUGAUGACACUACACCAUCAACAUUGUCUGAUGACACUACACCAUCAACAUAGGCUGAUGACACUACACCAUCAACAUAGGCUGAUGACACUAGCUCAAAUGUUAUGACUUUAUUUUUUAUUCGCUUGUUCUCAUCAAUUUGGUUUCUGCAACCUUAUUUAACUUCGUUUACCAAAAUGAGCACUUGUUUUGGAAGUGACCCUAAAUAAAGGAUGCUUUCCUUGGGAAGGCAUUGGUUGAGUAUAUUUUAUAUGCAACUUUUGUAAAAGUCUACAUUUUAUACCUGAUUUGUAAUUAUGUAAAUGAAGGCUCCAGAUGAUCAAAUCAGAUAAUGUAUGCUUCUGAUUAGAGAGCAACGUCAGGAUAAAGCACAAGUGGACUUAACAUAUAUAUUGUAUCUGCCUCUAAUAUCUGCUUACUACCAUACUGGAAUUGAUUUGAAUUGCAAAUUAAAUUGCAAAUUAAACAGCUUUUCUCACUA